AUGGCGCCGUCCGCAGCAACAAGAGUUAACUCCCCGUCAACUCCAGCACCAGCACCAGCUCAGCCCUCACUACCGCAGAGCAAGCAAGAGUCCAACAGGGAAGAGAAGGAUUUGCUACAAGUGCUGCUCAAACAGAUGGAGCAGUUGAUGUUCAUGUUGCAGCAACAGAUGAUGUUCAUGUUGCAGCAACAGAUGAUGUUCAUGAUGCAGCAACAGAUGACGUUCAUGAUGCAGCAACAGAUGAUGUUCAUGAUGCAGCAACAGAUGACGUUCAUGAUGCAGCAACAGAUGACGUUCAUGAUGCAGCAACAGAUGACGUUCAUGAUGCAGCAACAGAUGACGUUCAUGAUGCAGCAACAGAUGACGUUCAUGAUGCAGCAACAGAUGAUUUAG